AUGGCGACCGUCACCGAAGCUGUCAAAGAGUCGCUGGUCGGCACGACGCAACCGGAAAGUGUGUCAACAGAAGCACGACUCAGCUUCCUCAAACACGCCCAACGGGCCGAUGACGGUGAACUCUACAUGAAUGAGGUGGACUUUAUCGACGCCAUUGCUCCGCAGGGAGAAGACUAUCACAAGAUCAGGAGAGAACAGUAUGGCAUUCUGUUCAAUGUCGCAGAUCGACACAAGCGGGGCAGGAUCACAAUGUCUGAAUGGGCGGCCUUUGAGAACCUGCUGGCCAAAUCAGACGCAGAGUACGAGAUCGCCUUUAGACUGUUUGACGUCGACGGCACCGGCUUGGUCAAGUCAGAUGCGUUCCAGAAAAUCUACGAGCAGAACCGAGGUGGAGACAGCAUCCCUUUCGACUUCAACUCGGAAUGGGCAUCGCUGUACAUUGGCGGCAAGGGCAAGAGACAUGAGAUGACAUACCCCCAGUUUGCACAGAUGAUGCGUGGGCUGCAGGGUGAGCGCAUCCGCCAGGCCUUCCACCUCUAUGACAAGGACAAGGAUGGAUAUAUCGAGCCUGAAGAGUUUGAACGUAUCAUCCGCGCCACCGCCGGACACAAGUUGUCAGAUCACCUCCUGGAGAACCUCCCGACCCUGUGCAACAUUUCCACUGGAACCAAGAUCUCGUACGCCAAUGUCCGAGCUUUCCAGAACAUCAUCCGGGAAAUGGACCUUCUAGAGCUAAUCAUUCGAAACGCCACGACCAAAUCUUCUGAUGGACGCAUCGACCGAUCCGAUUUCCUCAACGAGGCUGCACGAUUGACCCGCUUUUCUCUCUACACCCCCAUGGAGGCCGACAUUCUCUUCCACUUCGCCGGUCUCGAUGCGCCUUCGGGCCGGUUAGGUCUGGAUGACUUCGCCAAAGUGUUGGACGCGAGCUGGCAAACUGCAGCAGGAAAGCUGGGCGCUAUCAACGACACGGCAGACCGCGUGGUGUCCAAAUCUCAACAAUUCCUCCAUAGCCUCCUUGAGUCUGCUCACCACUUCGGCCUGGGGAGUAUUGCAGGCGCAUUUGGUGCUUUUAUGGUCUACCCCAUCGAUCUGGUCAAGACGCGCAUGCAGAACCAACGAAGUGUGCUUCCCGGCGAACGUCUCUAUGAGAAUUCAAUAGACUGUGCACGCAAGGUCAUCCGCAACGAGGGAGCCAGAGGCCUGUAUUCUGGUGUGCUUCCGCAACUGGUCGGUGUCGCUCCGGAAAAGGCUAUCAAGCUGACCGUCAACGACCUUGUGCGUGCACGUUUUACCGACAAACAAACGAAUGCGAUCGCUUUGAGUGCCGAGAUCCUUGCCGGUGGUUCUGCUGGUGCCUGUCAAGUGGUGUUUACGAACCCUCUCGAAAUCGUCAAGAUCCGGCUCCAAGUGCAAGGUGAACUGGCCAAACAGUCUGAUGCCGUGCCCAAACGAUCAGCCAUGUGGAUCGUGCGCAACCUCGGUAUUUUGGGAUUGUACAAAGGCGCAUCGGCGUGUCUUUUGCGUGACGUCCCCUUCUCGGCCAUCUAUUUCCCGACGUACAACCACCUGAAGCGCGACAUGUUUGGUGAAACGCAGCAGAAGAAACUCGGAAUCAUCCAGCUUCUGACCGCCGGUGCUAUCGCUGGAAUGCCCGCCGCCUACCUCACCACACCCUGCGACGUGAUCAAGACGCGGCUCCAAGUGGAAGCGCGCAAGGGCGACGUGGUAUACAACGGCCUGACAGACUGCGCCCGCAAGAUCUGGAAGCAGGAGGGAUUUCGCGCCUUCUUCAAGGGUGGGCCUGCUCGGAUUCUUCGCUCGUCGCCGCAAUUCGGAUUCACUCUGGCUGCGUAUGAAGUCCUCAGCAAGUUAUUGCCAUACGGCGAGGAUGCCGACGCGCAGCAUGCGACUGCAGGCAAGGUGGAGCCGGGCGUCGGUCUUAGAGAGGCCACGGCCCCGCUGCCGUACCUGCGCAGUCGGAAUGCCUUGAAGAUCUUGCUGGACCUGGACAACAGUUUCGGAAGAGUCAAGGUACCGCAGAGCCUCGAGGGGUCGAGGUUUUUCUCACCCAAGUGA